CUUCCUGCUGCAUCACAACAGCCGUUAGUAGCUCGAGUAGCACUAGUGACCGGGGGGACGGGAUAUCCACCGCUAAUUCAUUGAUAAAAUACCUCCACUGACGUUGCAGCACUCAACAGCAUCCUAACACGGGGGUAACCGACAGGAACUGGUUGCAGUGCGAUAACCCCGCUCCAGCUGUUGGGAUAUGGCCAGGCCGGAACAGGUUCUGCUCUUGGAGCCUCAGCACGAACUGAAAUUCCGAGGUCCAUUCUCAGACGUGGUCACCACAAAUCUCAAGCUCUCCAACCCUACAGACAGGAAUGUGUGUUUUAAGGUGAAGACGACAGCGCCGCGCCGGUACUGUGUGCGGCCAAACAGUGGAAUCAUCGAUGCAGGCACCUCAAUCAACGUCUCAGUUAUGCUGCAGCCUUUUGACUACGACCCCAAUGAGAAGAGCAAACACAAGUUCAUGGUCCAGUCCAUGCUAGCACCUCCUGACAUGACGGACAUGGAGGGAGUGUGGAAGGAAGCUAAGACGGAAGAGCUGAUGGACUCCAAGCUGAGGUGUGUUUUUGAGAUGCCAGUGGAGAAUGAAAAAGCGCAUGACAUGGAGUCCAACAAGAUGAUCUCGUCCAGCUUGCUGAAGUCAGAGUCCUCUGCGCUGCCUGCGAAGUCACUGAGCUCCACCCUUGAUGACGGUGUGGUAAAGGAGAUCAUGGAGGAGUGUAAGCGGCUGCAGAUGGAGGCUCAGAGGCUACGGGAAGAAAACAAACAGAUCAGAGUGAGUAGGGAGGAUGAUGGUCUGCGGAUGAGGAAGAGUAACGUCAUGUCAUCUCAGCACACUUCAGUCGGCAUGAAAAAAGAGGAAGGGUUAAGCGCCCGCACAGUGGCCCUCACCGUGCUCUUCCUUGUGGUGGGCAUCAUUGUGGGCAAGCUAGUGUUGUAGAGUGUAGCGCAGUGUGGUCGGCCGCAGCAUGCUUUCCGGGGAUGAAAACAAACACGGGAUCUGGGAUUUUGGAUCAGAAAUGCCAUAUCUGCUGGGUGGGGGGAGGUACUAGUUUUGAUUCAGUCUCAUUUAUGUAAAAAAUUUUAAAAAAGGUAAUGUAUGAGAAAAAAAGAAAAAAUCGACUCAUCAUCUUAUGAACAAACCUACUGUUACAGGUCUUGCCUCUACGUAAUCAUCACAUAAUCAUUCUGGCCCUCUUCCCAAAGUUUCAUGUAUACAGAUGAUUGGUUCUGUGGGUGGGGGUGAUGGAAACAUGAUUUAACGCUAGUGAUUCAGACCAAUGGAUUUUCUAACACCGGCGAGGUAGUGUUGGUGCGAUUGAGUCAGUUUGCAACUGUGCGAAUGUCAUUUUAGUGUAUUGUUGUUUCUUUUUCUAAACGACGGAGGCCAGAGCCAAUGUAUAUGAAUACGUAAUCGCCCCACUGUACAGUAUAUCCAGGUGUUCCUUCCAGCGAAAACCCCUUUAAGGAAGGGAUUUACCAGAGAGAUGAUCCACACAGUCGGGGUUACACACAGGGCUAUCACACUGUCUCCUCCAAUCAGAGGCUUUGUAAAAAUCGGCUUGUAGAACAACCUUGAUAAAUGUACGAAACACAAAA